UUAAGGCUGUCGUACAUGCCGAUGGGCUAAAAGGUGCGGAGUGACUUCGCUGGACAAUAGUCCGCGCGCGUUUCGUCUGCGCACACGCAUACAAUUCAAAUAAAACCCCGUUGUGCAUUGACAAUGUAAUUGAAUAAUCACAAAUCUCUCGCGCGUGAUUCCGUCCCAUACAUCGCACCGUGAUUUUAUAUUUAUCAAUCAAAUAAUAAUCAAAAAUGACGGUCGAAAAAGCUGAAUCGAAAACCCAGAAAACCGAGGAGUUACCACUGAAGACCGAAAUGAAAAUCGACUUUAAAAGUAUGACGGUUUUAGAGAAAAUUAAGUAUGUUAAAUCUAAUAUUACCGUGGAACCAGUGUUGGCGUUAUUCGUGAUGCCAAGCGUUCUAGCAAUGCUGGCGACGCAAAACUUGAACUUAGAUAAGGCUUGCAGAGUUAAUUUGGAGUUUAGUGAUGCGGUCUGUGAAGACCUCAGGCUGAGAAAGCGCGCUAACCACACAUUUGAGGAGGAUGAAGUGCAGAAAUUGAUAGCAUCCGUGCAAGGAUGGAAAAGUGUUAUACACACAGCGGUCCCGACCUUAUUAAUGCUGUUCAUAGGAGCGUGGAGCGACAAAACGGGCAGGCGAAAAAUAUGUAUGCUAAUGCCAAUCAUCGGGGAAUUUAUGACGUGUGUUCUGAACAUGAUAAAUACAUACUUUUUCUAUCAAGUCCCCGUGGAGUUGACUGUGUUUAUGGAGGUCAUAUUCCCAGCGCUGACCGGUGGAUGGUAUACGAUGUUUCUCGGUGCGUUUAGCUACUUGGGUGAUGUAACUUCGAAGGAAACAAGGACUUUUCGCAUGGGAAUACUUAGUUUGUGCAUGACGGUUGGUUUCCCCGUGGGAAUGGGAUUGAGCGGGAUACUUCUACGAUACACCGGCUAUUACGGAGUUUUCUCUAUAUCAGCUGUAUUGCAAUUUAUGAAUUUUGUAUACGUUUUCUUAGCUAUUGACGAUCAUAAGUGGCUUCAGAAUAAAGAAAAGGACCUUCGAACAGGCUGCGGGGGAUUUUUACUGGAGUUUUUCGACUUUAAUAGCGUCAAGGACACUUUGAAAAUAGCCUUCAAGAAGGAACCGAACAAAAGAAGAUUGAGAAUCUGCCUCAUUCUAAUUGUCGUAUGUUUAAGUUUUGGACCGUUAUGGGGUGAGAUGAGUAUCAUGUAUAUAUUCGCGAGGUACCGCUUCAAUUGGGAUGAAGUAAAGUACAGCAUCUACUCUACAUACAGUCUUGUCACACAUUCUAUUGGUACAAUGUUCACUAUAAGCGUGUUCAGUAAGAAGCUGAGAGCGGAUGACUCUGUGCUGGGAAUGAUUUCUACAACCAGUAAGGUCGCCGGAGCAUUGGUUAUGGCCUUCGCGAGAAAUGAUUAUGAAGUUUAUGUAGCACCUCUCGUCGAGAUAUUAAAUGGCACAACCAUGAUCGCAUUGAGAUCCAUCGCCUCAAAGUUGGUUUCUCAUCAGGAAUUAGGCAAAGUAUUUUCGUUAUUUGGCGUAGCAGAGACCAUGAUGCCACUGAUCUUCUCCCCACUGUACGCUAAAAUCUAUAUUCUCACCCUGCACGUUCUGCCUGGAGCCGUGUUCCUCGUCAGCGUAUUGGCUACGUUACCAGCUCUGGGUAUAUUUAUAUGGUUUUACUAUGAGCACAAAGAGGAUGCGAAACAGAAGAGAUUAGAAGUUCCUAACGUACCAUCAGGUCCGCCGGAGAAUGUGGAACCUCCCCAACCUAUUCCCGCGUAAAUGUAAAUCUAGUAUAUAAGAGAAUUAAGGUUGGCACAAAUUAUAUAAAUUUUUGUUAAAAUUUGAAAAAUUAAGAUAUUUUAUUUAAAUUUAUUACAUUUUAA